AUGGAUUUGCGUUUGUUACCUUUGUUAUUUCUCCUUUGUUUACCAUUUUCCCUUGUAAUUUCGGUCGCUCCUAAGGAACCUAGCUUACUAGGUUCGAAAUACAUAGGUCACGAAUCUUUUGACUCUUCUAAUCCCUCUAAGUCGUCUUUUCCAAUCCUUAAUGGGAUUCCCGCAGCAUAUCAUAUACAAUCCGAAAAAAUGGAUAUUACGCCAUUGGAAAAGAUCGAAAUUGUUCCUGACUUUCUCAAACAGGCAUAUAAAACACAUGGGAAAGCUCCUUUUAUGUCUUUUGUCAAUUCACACAGAAUUAUCAGCUUUGAAGAGACUUAUCAAUUUUCUCUUGAUUUAGCUCUGGGUAUUAAGAAGAAUUCGAUGAUUGGAAUAUACGCUGGUAAUUCUCCAGAUUGGUAUGAUUUUCUUAUGAGUAAUUAUGACCUUGAAGCUCAAAGGAACUUUGAAAGCCACUUUAGGCAUAUCAUACUUAUGGAUGAUAAUAAUUCCCAAAAGCCAAAAAAGGCAUCUAAAUAUACAUCAGUUCAAAUUGAAUAUGAUCUAGAUGAUAUUUAUGUUCUAAACACAAAUACUGAAAAAUUUCAUGGUUUUACUGGCGGCGAGAACGAUCCAUACUUUUUUGACUUUGAAAAUAUUUUACCUAUUGGAACUUUAGAAGCUAAACUGGCUAAUAUUGAUACUUCAGUCGAACCAUCGGAU